AACUUGGCCUCUCGCCCCAUGCCAGUGUAGAACGUUUCUCACGCUGCCCUGAAACAGGUGACCUUGAGAAUGGACGGGAAUGGUGUGAUGGUGUGCGCUCCGCUCGAGUGCGAGACCCUGGAAGGGAUGCUGUCCUCCAUGGACAGGGCCAAGGCGCACGGCGCCGACCUUGUCGAGCUCCGCGUUGACGCCAUGUCCUUCGGCCGCAUCUCCGAGGUCGAGGAGCUCAUUCGGCGGCGCACUCUCCCGGCCAUAGUCUCUUUCAGGUUGAAUUCCACAAGAGCUUCCCAGAGACAGAAUGAUAAGACCACUUGCUUGCAAGUGCUGCGGUUAGCGCUCGAAUUGGAUGUCGAGUUCGUCGAGAUGGAACAUGAGGUGGUGUCUCACUUCGACAUAAAUGAACUGAUGGACAAGCGUUCGAGCAGCAAAAUAAUCGUGUCGAGAUACUUGAACGGUGAGAAAAUGUCAAAGGAGAAGCUCGGGAACUUAAUCGCCUCGAUGCAAUCCUCUGGGGGAGAUGUUAUUAAGGUCCUUGUCGAGGUGGAUUACAUCACGGAUUUAGCUCCGAUUUUCCAGCUCCUCACCAGUUGCCAGGUUCCACUAAUUGCCACCACGGUCGGCGACAGAGGGCUGAUAAGCCAGUUGCUGGGGCCGAAGUUUGGUGGCUUCUUGGCAUAUGGGUCACUGGAAGGAGCGAUUCCCGGUCUGCCGACGCUGGCUAGCCUCAAGCAAGUAUACAAGAUUGAGCACAUGAAUGCGGACACCAAGGUCUUCGGCGUCAUAUCGAACCCAGUCAGGCACAGCAAAGGGCCACUCCUCCACAACCCGAGCUUCCGAUAUGUCGGGUUCAACGGUAUCUACGUCCCUAUGCUCGUUGAUGACAUCAAGGAAUUCUUCAAGGUCUAUAACAGUCAAGAUUUCGCAGGCUUCAGUGUGGGAAUUCCACAUAAGGAAGCAGCAGGUGCUUGCUGUGAUGAAGUUCAUCCACUAGCUAAGUCUAUUGGAGCUGUGAACACUAUAGUAAGGAGGCCUACUGAUGGGAAGCUGAUUGGGUACAAUACUGAUUGUGAGGCUUCAAUCACUGCUAUAGAGGAUGCUCUGAGAGAAAGACAUGCCGCUAAUGGGGAAGCCAGAGCAAUGGACACAUCUCCAAUUGCAGGGAAGGCAUUUGUAUUGGUUGGAGCCGGAGGAGCCGGAAGAGCUUUGGCCUUCGGCGCCAAGAGUCGCGGAGCCCGAGUCUUCGUCUUCAACCGCAAUUUCAAGAGAGCAAAAGCCCUAGCCGAUGCGGUUUCAGGAGAAGCCAUCGGGUACGAACACUUGGACACGUUCCGCCCCGAGGAAGGGAUGAUCCUGGCGAACGCAUCGGCCGUCGGAAUGGAGCCGCACACCGAUGAGAGCCCCGUUUCCAAGGGGGUGUUGGGAGCAUAUGAGCUGGUGUUUGAUGCAGUAUACACACCAAGGAACACAAGGCUAUUGCAAGAGGCAGCACAAGCAGGGGCCAUUGCGGUGAGUGGUGUUGAGAUGUUCAUCAGACAGGCCCUCAAUCAAUUCAGACUCUUCACCAGUGGCUUAGGUAUCCUCUUCCUAAAUACACACACAUUACAUAGCUUUCUUUUUCCAUACGGAUAUCCGGACUUUUCGACUCUCGACUAAUCUCGACUGGCUCGCUAUCCAUCUUGCCAAACUCUCUUUUUUCUGUUAUUUUCCAUGUUUCUUUCUAGUUCACAAUUCGGGGAAUCUUGUUCGGAUUUGUCUUCUGGUACUGCAUUCGGGAGAUCGAUUUCCAUGGACGUCAGGGCGACGAGUUUACCUGCACAUCUAUAAAAACAAGGUUUCGUAGAAGAGUAACACACGCCAUGCACGGCAGGAUGUUGUUGAGUACCCACUGCGAAAAUCAAUAACAGGGGGAAGCUCCCUCUAGGGCUAGGUUGGAGAUUGCCCUAGAGUUCUUUGCCACUGGGGGCCCGGAAUGCGAGCUCUGCAAUCGAAGCGUGCUGCAUCCAUGUGUUCCUUAUUUUAACGUGUCGGUGCCCGCAUUCUUCAGCUCCCUAUUGGGUCAUAAUCCUUUUCUUGCCCCGACCUUAGCAAUGUCCAGCUUAUUUGUACAACUCGUGGUCCAGUUAUGGUCUUUUAAGGACAUGCCAAGGUCCAGAUUCCGCGCACCGGUAGUGAACACAAUAAGAAAAAUCUUCCCAAUACUUGGCGCGCUUCAUCGGCGGGCCAAUACAUAAUCAAAA